CGCUCAACUAUUGCGAAGAAUUUCAGGUGCAUUCGGUGAGGUGAAACUCGUCGUUGAUUCCAGAAAUUUGAACAUUGCGGUCGCUAUGAAAUGUAUUGAUCUCGCUAAUCAUCCAGACGUUAUUGAUGCUGUUCGCAAAGAGGCAUUAUUGCAACGCAUGCUGCGUGGUCAUCGUAACAUCAUUCAGUACAUUGGUAUGCGUGUGGAGAGUGACGAUGAAUUUCAAAUUUUUUUGGAAUAUGCAGAUGGUGGUGAACUAUUCGAUCAAAUUGGUUCGUUCAUUAUUUAUCGUUUGCAGUGUUUCUGUACUAAUUGUAUGGAUGAACUUCGUUGGUAG